AUGGUACGUAUCAAAAAUCGAUACCUCGUUUGUUUCAUUUCGAUUCAACCUCAAAAUUCCAAUUCAUUUAUACCAGGUUAUCCUGGCUGCCAAAAGGAGGAUACAGCGGCGAUGCGCUUGAGCGAAUCUGAUUUAUUAGCCAUGAUAAAACAAAACAUCACCCUUACACACGGUUCACUUGGAGUCGGUAAAUGUAUGUCUCGCUUAAGAGUAAUUCACUGGUGUCCUGCUUCCGGUUUAUUGAUUAUACGUUGCCUUCGUAGCAUGUCUGUUUACGUCCAAACAGCACUCUCUUUGGUUACUCACUUAGAUCUCAAUGGACAAAAAAGGAAAUCGGUAAUCGACAUUUAUCAUACAAGCGGUACAGUCAGAGGCUGUCAAAAAUUCCUAGUCAUGUUUUACUCUCAUAAUUUAUUCUCAAGACCAGAACAAUUAUUUCGAACAGCCUUGUCUAUUGCCGUUGAACGAAAUAUGAUUUCUCCAUAUCCACCAUACAUCAAUGAAGAAUCCUAA